GGGACGAAGGAAAGAGGGAGAAGAAAAAAAAGGGAGGCAGACUCAACCAGGGAGGUAGGGAAAAUAAAGCUGACAGAACAAUGAAGCAGAACUGCACAGGGGAGCAAAAGAGGACGGUUUGAGAUAGAAAUUUGCUGGAAAAGGCAGGUACAGUCACAUCCUACUGGCAUGCAGAGAGAUAAAGAACCGGGAGGUGGCUUGUGUGUCUCUGCCUGCCUGCUUCUAGGUGAAAACCUUCUGAGGAACUUUAUGGCACUGUAUAUUGUGUUUGUUAAAAAAAAAAGAAGAAGUCAGUGUUCUUUUGGUAUGAGUGCAUACAUGUUGCAUAACUCAGUGUGGGUGUGUGGGUGUGUGUCUGCGUGCAUGUAUGCUUGUGUGUGUGCGUGCGUGUGUGUUUGUGUGUGUGUGUGUUUGUGUGUGUAGCCUGCCAAGUUUUCAUAGUAGAUGAAUGUGUCAUGUCUUUUACUGCACUUUGUCCGAGAUUAACUGUUCACCUUUUACGGUCGGGAGGGAGGUGGUGUUGUCAUUCAGCCAGAGAAAGAGGAGGAGGGGUCGACGGACGGGAGAGCCGAGGAGGGAGGUACAGAAGGAAAAGGAGUGGCCUUCUGCAGAUAGCAGCCCCUCUCUACUGGAGUAAAGUCUUCUCACAGAGGCAGCCCAUAGGAGGGAAAAUAAACCAGAGAUUUUUUUGAGAUACAGAACAGGGAAGGAGAAAGAAGAAAAGAAAAGCCACAUUUUCUUUCAGGCUGCACAAGACUUUUUAUAGUCAUGGCAUCAGCAGCUCCACCAAAAAGGAUGGUUUCUUCUGUCUUCAUCACUCUGGCUUCUCCUCACCAAGCCACUGUGACCCCACAACGGGAGCAGCCGCAGCCUGCCCUUCAAGCUCACAGUGCCCCAGCUAGAGAGAAACAGCACCCUGCUGCAAGAAUGAGUCCAGGUGACAGCAUGCCCACGCAUAGGUACAAGAGAGAGGACCACUCACCUUCGUCAGGGUCUUAUGGAAACCUAAACAGCAAAGGCUUGACUCAUGUAGGGUCCUCAGCCCUUGUUUCAGACCCACAGAGCUGCAAUCCUGCCAAGCCUGAACCAGCCAAAACACCGCUUCAAAAAGAAAAUGACAAGAGGAGUUCACCAGAGCUCUUCCCGCUCCCUCCUCCCCCUCCCCCCUCUGAUGCACCGCCUCUACGUCCGGGAGAGUCGCUUUCUGAGGAAUCAGCGCUUCCACCACCUCCUCCAGCCCAAGAGUCUUUCCCCCACCCUGUGACCCCAGGCCAGCAGCCAGUUUACAACCCAGAGGUGAAAGCAAGAACACCAUCUAGUGGGUUAAGCCCAGAUGACCAAAUCCACGGGAUCUACCAAAACAGCCAAGACAAAGAAAGCAAAGACCUGUGCGGCUUCUGUCGAAAGCCAGUGGCUCCUUCAGAACCUGCAAUAGAGGCCUUAAACAGGACUUACCAUGAUGGCUGCUUCCAGUGUAGAUCUUGUCACAUUCCCCUGGCUGGCAAACAGUACUACAACAAGGCAGGGAUCCCGCUCUGUGAAGACUGUUACCAGGCCAGCUUGGAGCUCUGCUGGGCAUGUGGGGAGGCUAUCACAGAUCAUAUAAUCCGUGCACUCGAGCGAGCAUACCAUCUUUCUUGUUUCACUUGCACAACAUGUAAGAGGCAAAUUGGAGAGCAAGCUUUUGCCCAGGGAGACGUUGGAGAGGUUUACUGCCUUCAGGACUAUUAUAGGAAAUAUGCUCCAAAGUGUAGUGCCUGCAACCAGCUUAUCAUUCCAAAAGAAGAUGGUACUGACAGCUAUACUGUUGAAUGUUUGGGGCGUUCCUACCAUGAGAACUGCUACAGAUGUGAGGUCUGCGUCAUCCAGCUCUCUCCUGAACCAAACGAGCAUGGCUGCUAUCCUUUAGAUGGGAAGAUGCUUUGCAAACCCUGUCACCUGAACCUGUCUUCUGGUCAGCACUAAUCCCACAUGAACCGCAAGCAAGGAAAAACUGGAGAAAAAAAAAAAUCCAGAAUCAAAGCAACAGGAGCCUGUGCAUGUGCAUUUAGGGUGAGCGUGCGAAUGCCAUAAAUGCUUUUUUCACUAGAGAAAAACUUUAUUAUGGAUGUAUUUUUUACAGUAUAUCAUGCUUUCUGAAGAUUAUCUUCUUUUUCCUGAUCAUUUUGCACUUAAUAAAAUCUACAAAUGCAACAAUUAUAUUUACGCAACUCAUUUUACAAAAAUAUACAAGAAUAAAUGGAACCCCAAUCAACAUGCUGUUUCUCAAUUUUUAUACAUGUAUAAAUAAUAAAACUUUAACUUAAAAAAAUAAUAGAAAAGUAAUCUAAUAUAUUUGAUCUCAAGACACCUCCAACCUGCAUCUAAAUCAUCAAAAGUGUAUUUAAUUUACAGCUCUGAAAGUGAGCGGACCAACCACUAACAAUGCAAAGUAAUCUUCAUGCAGACUGUUUAACUGCAGGGUCCAUCUUGUCUUCUGCAAAGUUAUCCGGCACAGUAUUAAAGUAUUCAGAUCCCAGUGGAAUUGUAUAAUUUAUAGUCUGUAUCUCAAAAUGACUUGUUGUUAUUCAUAUCUCUGUGUAUAC